CCUACAAAUACCAAAUACCUAAUACACAAUAUCAUUUAUUUCCACAUCUAUUCAGCUACCAACUAAUUCAAAGUUCAAACUACAAUACGAGGUAGUAAUAAUCAAUUUUGCCGAACACGCCCUUACUAUCUUGGGUGGCGAUGAUCGAGUCGGAUCUUCCACUUCCAAAGUUCCAUUGUGAACUCUUCCGUUUUCGAUCCCUACCCAAAACAAAAUUUUAUCCUCGUGCGUGUAGAUGGCGCGUUACAACUAGUACUAACUAAUAAAUAUUUACUCCCAAAACCAAAACCCAAAUCUUCUUCUUCCACCGCCGUAUUUCUUUCUCUCUCCUCCGACCACCGCCUUCCCCACCUCCUCCACUAACACCCACCAAAACAAAAACCCCCUUUUUCUAAUCAAAGAACCCUAAUUUCUCUCUCCUCCCAAUUUCCCCAAUUCAAUCAAUUCAUCAAUUUCAAUUUUUUUCCCCAAUAAUGGAUUUUGAUUCAAACGGCGGCAAUAAACGAGUAUUCCAUCGACUCGGAAACAAACAAUCUCAACCUCAUCACCAACACCAACAAUCUCAUUAUCCUCAAAAUCAAAAAGUUUGUUAUCACUGGCAAGCUGGAAGAUGUGCGAGAAACCCGUGUUCUUUUCUUCACAGAGAACUUCCUCUUCCUCCUCCUACUACACACCCUUCUUCUUCUUCAUCUUCUUCGUCGUCGUUUAAUGGCCCUGCGAAGAGGGCUCAUGGUGGUUUGGGCGGUGGUGGUCAGAGAAAUGACGGCUUUUCGAGCCGUAAAAACCCUAAUUUUAAUAAUACUUGGGGUAGACCUGGUGGUACUAGUGGUGGGGUUCCUCCGAAGAAGAUGGAAAGAGUUUGUAAUUUCUGGGUUCAAGGGAAAUGUAAUUAUGGUGAUGGUUGUAAAUUCUUGCAUUCUUGGUCGAUUGGUGGUUCCUUUUCACUUUUGACUACUCUUGAGGGUCAUCAGAAGGUUGUAACUGGGAUCACUUUGCCAUCAGGGGAUAAGCUUUACACAGGCAGUAAAGACGAGCAUGUCAGGAUUUGGGAUUGUGCAUCAGGACAGUGUGUCAGUGCUGUUCAUUUGGGCGGAGAAAUUGGCUGUAUGAUCAAUGAAGGGCCCUGGGUUUUUAUAGGGUUGCCAAAUAUGGUCAAGGCAUUGAACAUUGAGACUGUCACUGAUAUGAGUCUCAGUGGACCUGUUGGUCAGGUUUAUUCUCUGGUGGUGGGGAAUGAUAUGCUGUUUGCUGGCAUACAGGAUGGGAAUAUAUUGGCUUGGAAAUUCAACCCGGCUACUAAUUGCUUUGAACCAGCUGCAUCCCUUACGGGGCAUACAAGUGCUGUUGUUACUAUGUUUGCCGGAGCUAAUAGACUCUAUUCUGGUUCAAUGGAUAAUUCUAUAAGGGUGUGGAAUCUUGAGACAUUGCAAUGCAUACAGAUUUUGACAGAGCACACUUCUGUUGUUAUGUCUGUUCUUUGUUGGGAGCAGUUUCUAUUAUCAGCUUCACUGGACAACACUAUAAAGGUCUGGGCUGCUACUCCAAGCGGAAACUUGGAAGUGACUUAUACUCAUACUGAAGAGCAUGGUAUACUCACUCUCUGCGGGAUGUUUGAUGCAGAAGCAAAGCCAGUGUUACUGUGUUCCACCAAUGACAAUUUUGUCCACAUAUAUGACUUGCCAUCGUUUAUGGAGAGGGGCAAGAUUAUUUCAAAGCAAGAGAUUCGAGCUAUUCAAGCAGGUCCUAGCGGAUUAUUCUUUACCGGUGAUGGAAAUGGUCAAGUGAGGGUUUGGAACUGGUUAGCAGAACCAAAGACAGCUAUGUAGCACUAUUUAUUUUUCAUGGCAGUUAGCCCUUCAAGUUUUCUCUCUAUUUUUUUGUUUCCUUUGGUCAUCGUUGUUGAGGAACUGCGAGAAGAUAAUCCUGGCUGAUGUUCCUUGUUAUUGGCCACAAACUUGGCACCUUUGAAGUUGUCUUCUACAAUGAUAAGGACUACUCUUUUGGUUGAGCAAAUUGUUACUACACUCCACAGCAGCUUUGCUGUGAUUUAUUAUGUAUUUAUAGCAAAUGAGGGAAUGAUAUUGUGUAAUGCUUGUGUAUGUAACCAUUAAGUGAUUUUGCUAGUGUAUUUAGCCCUUUUUGAAGUAAAAUUCAUAUCAUUACUCUUUGAGGAAGAAGCAUACCUAAAGCUUAAUUUUCUUUGACUCUUAGUUUUAUGUUAAUGAUUACCUUGUAUCAACCCCAAAAAGAACUGAAAUAAUUGACAAUUUAAAGUGUACAUUUUGCA